CCAUAGUUGAACGACCUUUCCAGAGAGUUAGCAUGGAUACUACCGAUAUCGUGGUGCCCCUUGGACCAAAUAGUUGUGAGUAUUCAAUCUUAUUGGUAUUUGUAGAUCACUUCUGGAAAUGGAUCGAGGCGCAUCCGUGUCGUACACGACAGGCGGCUGAAAUCGCGCGGUAUGUCAACCGUUUUCUCGGAAUGCAUCAGGAUACAAAGGAGAUCCUGACCGAUAACGGGGCGGAAUUUAGAGGGGAAGUUUUGAGGAACCUGGUCAUACAUGGGGUCGCCAUCCAUAACACCGCACCCCACAUGUCCCAGUCUAACGGGCUGGUAGAAAACACGAAUCGGCUGUGCCUGGUGGAGGUAAAUCUGACGUGGACUCGAGAUAGUGAGCACCGUGUUGGAAGGGAGGGUGUAGAACUGCUGGUCAUCCAAGCUUGGAGAAAGGAGGUGGAGGGAGAUCUUCUUGGGUUUGUCUUCGGAGCAGUGGAGCCAGGCCAUUGGCAAACGAUCGUGUGGGAGCUCUUGGUCCCCUUUGCGCAGCUGUUGGAUGACCUUCCCCUCGACAUCGUGUCACAUUGCGACGAAAGUCCGGUGCUGCACGUUCUUUCACGAAGAUUAACGCCGUAUUUGCAGCGGUCAGCCUGCUUGGAGGAUCGAACGGGAGGUGGUAGCUACCCAUCGCGCGCGGAGUAUCUGAACCCCCGGGGGAUCAUCGACGUCCUCUUCUUUCAGCCUCGAACAGCGGUGGAGGAGGAAGAAGUGGCGGAGGAAGUGGAGGUGGAAGACGAAAGCGAGGAAGAAACCUCUGAGGAAGAAGGAAGCUACAGUGAGUACAGCAAGGAAGAGCCGGGGGCGGAGAGUGAAGAAGAAGAAGAAGAAGAAGAAGAAGAAGAAGAAGAAGAGGAAGAAGAGGAGUCCGAGUGGGAAAGUUUGGGAGGAGAGGCGGACCAGGCGGAAGUCCGAGAAGAGGAUCCUGCAGCAGCCGCGCGAAGGAGGGAAGAGAUAGCGCCAGGAAAGAGGCCGUUAGAGCAUUCCAGCGGCACUGAUUUGCCAAUCCCAGACGACCCGACCAGAGAUCCCGAGCCGCCUGCAAUUGAGGAUGAGGUCCCUCCUGCGGAGACCUCAAGCACAUUGGCUCUGAGGCGACAAAGGCGAUCCCCCUCCCCUUCCCCCCGUCCCUCAGUUCGAACACGUGGCGAUGCAGGGCAUUGGGCUACGUCCCCAGUCAUUAUCCCGUCGUCCCCUUGAUUUUCUAACCCUCCGGCAAAUCAACACCGGGAUCUCCU